UCCGUAUGGGUAGUGAUGACGAAAAAUAUAUACUGUUGUCAGCCAUUGGAAGUACUGAUGCUUAGGGUUAAGGUUGCCAUCAAUUGGUUGGCCGUAUGUGUGGAUUGACUGUCGAGUCGACUCCAGUGUAGUUAGUGUUUGUCAUUACUGUAUGUUAUGUAUGUGUUUGUGUAAUACUGUGUAUUAUAUGACUGUUAUGUGUGUAUGUGUUGUGUAUUAAUAUUUACCUCAAAAAUAAUGAUCACUUGAAUUGUCUAAUACUUCACACUUAAUACUAAACACUAAACAUAAGAUCGACUGUAAUAACAAUAUUUGUUGUGAUAUUUUGUAGACAAACAGCAAACCAGUGAUUAACAGAUAAUUACAUAAUAUUAUUGAAACCAAUUGGAUGUGACUAUCAGUGAUAUGAACUAAUUUCAUACAAAUUGACCACUGAUUGUCAUUAUAUAUGAUAUGAUAUGAUAUAUACCUAUAUAUCAUAGUAUAAUGUCUAAUAUCUUACGUUUUUUAGUGUUGUUUGUGGUGAUCAACAACUUAUAUAAAAGUCCUCAAAAAUAUUUAUUUAUGUCUUAAUGAAGAAGAGUUAGUGAUGGCCAGUGCUAAGGCUGGUGUACAUGUGGUCAAACUGAAGCCCAUUUCAGUACCAAUUAAACUACAAAAUGGUACAAAAUUUAUGAAAUGGGACGACGACUCGGGUGUGGGAACACCGGUCACACUACGGGUCGACAAAAAAGGUUUCUUGUACUGGACGGACCAAUACAAGGAAACGGAGUUUCUUGAGAUCUCGAGUAUACGCGAUACACGAACCGGAAGAUUUGCAAAAUUACCGCGAAAUGAAGGAAAACUUAAGGAUUCAUUGAUUCUGGGAAGUGCUGACGUACCUCUUGAGGACAAGACUGUCACUGUUGUCUAUGGACCUGAUCUCGUAAAUGUCAAUUUCAUCAACUUUUGCUGUCACAGCAAAGAGAUGGCUCAUGAAUAUUGUGAUGAAUUGCUUAAAAUGGCUAAUAAUAUACUCGCAAAUAAUGCUUCCGUUCAUACCUUCCUCGAGAAGGCCUACACUAAGAUGCUUCUGAUGACUGACAGAGAGGGCAAACUUCCCAUCAAAAACGUUGCCAAAACAUUUGCAUCCGGAAAGACUGAAAAAUUAAUUUAUCAAUUUAUGAAAGAGAUUGGUCUUCCAUACGAUAAAAACGAUGUGAUUGAGCCGUCGGACUGGACUUUUGAAAAGUUUUAUCAACUCUACCAUAAGGUUUGUCCACGAAAUGACAUCGAAGAACUAUUCAACGCUAUAACUCAGGGAAAAUCAGAGUAUAUUGAUUACAAACAAUUGAUUGAAUUUUUAAAUGAAAAACAACGGGAUCCGCGUCUCAAUGAAAUUCUUUAUCCAUUUUGUGACGACAAAAGAGCUAAAGAGAUAAUAAAUACCUACGAAAGCAAUGGAGAGAUCGCCAAAAUGGGUUGUAUUUCACAGGAAGGACUUAUCAGAUAUCUGAUGUCAGAUGAAAACGCACCGGUAUUUCUGGACCGACUGGAUAUUUACAUGGAUAUGGAUUAUCCGUUAUCACAUUAUUAUUGUAAUUCUAGUCAUAAUACUUAUUUGACGGGAAGACAAUUUGGUGGCAAAUCAUCUGUUGAGAUGUAUCGACAAGUGUUAAUAGCCGGAUGUAGAUGUAUUGAAUUGGAUUGUUGGGAUGGAAGGGUAGAUGAAGAGCCCAUUAUAACUCAUGGAAAAGCAAUGUGUACUGACAUCUUAUUUAAGGAUGUCAUUUAUGCUAUCCGUGACUGUGCUUUCACAACAUCCGAAUAUCCAGUGAUCUUAUCAUUUGAAAAUCAUUGCAGUAAAAAACAGCAGUUCAAAAUGGCCAAAUAUUGCGAUGAAAUCCUGGGUGAUUUUCUAUUAAAAGAGUCACUUAAUAACUAUUUACUCGAACCGGGAACUACUCUUCCCACUCCUAAUGAUUUAAAACGAAAAAUAUUAAUUAAAAAUAAAAGACUCAAACCUGAAGUUGAAAAACAGGAACUGGAGCUCUGGAAAAAAGGUCAGCUCCAGGCCGAAGAUGACGACGAAGAAAAUGAGGACGCAAACGCUGUUCCCAGUCUUGUGGUCGACACUUCCAUUGAUGAAAAUGGUAAAAAAGUUGAAGACGUUGAACCGGAACAGAUAGCAAUGGCUAACUAUCAAUAUACCGGUGCAACACUGCAUAUCCAUCCAUUCCUGUCCUCUUUAGUGAAUUACGCCCAACCCAUUAAGUUUCAAGGAUUUGAUGUCGCAGAAGAAAAAAAUAUUCAUUUUCAUAUGUCAUCAUUUGCUGAGAACACGGCAUUAGGUUAUCUUAAAUCACAGGCCAUUGAAUUUGUAAAUUACAAUAAAAGACAAUUAAGUCGUAUAUAUCCGAAAGGAACGAGAGCUGAUUCAAGCAAUUUUUUGCCGCAAAUCUUCUGGAAUGCCGGCUGUCAGAUGGUUGCUCUCAAUUUUCAGACAUCGGAUCUACCGAUGCAAUUGAAUCAAGGAAAGUUUGAAUAUAACGGUGGAUGUGGUUAUCUUUUGAAACCAGAUUUUAUGCGAAGAAAAGAUAGAGUUUUCGAUCCAUUUGCUGAAUCACCUGUUGAUGGGGUAAUUGCAGCUCAAUGUUCGGUUCGGGUGAUAUCCGGACAAUUUUUGUCUGAUAAAAAAGUUGGCACUUAUGUUGAGGUCGAUAUGUAUGGCUUACCGACUGAUACCAUUCGUAAAGAAUUCCGGACGCGAAUGGUUCCGGCAAACGGACUCAAUCCUGUCUAUAAUGAAGAACCAUUUAUUUUUAGAAAAGUUGUUUUACCAGAUUUAGCGGUCAUUCGUAUUGCAGUAUACGAUGAAAACGGAAAAAUGUUGGGACAAAGGAUACUACCAUUGGAUGGACUACAGGCUGGCUAUAGACAUAUCUCACUGCGAACUGAAGGCAACUUUCCAAUGUCUUUGCCGAUGCUUUUUAUUUGUAUUGAACUGAAGAUCUAUGUACCCGACGGAUUGGGUGAUCUCAUGGAUGCUCUAUCAGAUCCACGGGCUUUCCUGUCGGCACAGGAGAAGAGAAUCGCACAAAUGAAGGCAAUGGGUAUUGAAGAGACUGAUAUACAAACACAUAACGUAGCGCUUGUUAAACAACAACGAGAAGAAGAAGCAAAGAAAGAAGAAUAUAAGAUUGAAGCCAUUAAUUUAGAAUCACUUAAAAAUGAAAAAUUGUUUUUAAGAACAAUUAGAAAACAUCAAAAAGAAUUUGAUUCACUUAAGAAAAAACAACAAAAAGAGAAGAAUAGCGUUCAGAAGUCUCAAUGUGUUGCCAUCGAUAAGAUGAUGAAAAUUACUAAAAGUGAUGACAUCGCCAAUGAUCCGAAUGUCAAAGAAUUGGUCGCACAUCAGAUGAAACAAUGGAGUGAAAUGGUUGAAAAACAUCAUAGAGAGGAAUGGGAUCUACUAAAGAGUCAUAUCUUACAACAGGGCGAUGCUUUGCGCAAAUUGUUAGAUGUUAACCAAAGUAUUCAAAUAAAACAAUUAGAAAUGAUUUUUGAAAAAGAAAACAAAGAGAUGAAAGCAAAACAAGCAAAAGUAUCGGUAGAAACAGCUAAAGAAGUUUCCAAUGAUAAGACAUUAGGCAAUAAAGCAGAACGAGAGAGACGUUUAAGAGAAAAAAAUAGUAAUAAUACUAAAAAGUUUAUCGACGAGAGAAAGACAGCAGCAAUGAAACAAAAUAAAGAAAAAGAAAAACUCAAAAAAUUACACGAAAAACAAAUACAAGACUUGGAGAGGGAAACGGAAAAUGCUCUGGAUAUUUAUAAAAAUGCAGAAAUUGAAUAUAAAUUGGCCGCAAAAAAGGAGUGUUAUAUCUAAUUGAUUGCAAGUCAUGAUAAAAAAGAUAAGUUAAUUGAUUGCUUAUAAAUUGCAAAUACAUUAUUAUAAUUAUAGUCAUCAAUCAGUCAAUUGUUUUCUAAUA